CUCUAUGAACACACAGGACUUCUGGGCUGAAACACACACACACACACACACACACACACAGUGCAGUGGUGUCUGUACACCAUGGCCUUGCUGGAGCUCGCUAUGCAGGGCUUCUCCAUCUUCGGAUUUAUUUUAUUUAUUGUCCUCUGGUUCAUGCAUUUCAUGUCCAUCAUCUACGUCCGCUUGCAUCUCAAUAAGAAGAUCAGCGAUAAACAGCCCUACAGCAAACUGGCCGGAGUUUCGCUGCUCAAACCCCUGAAAGGUGUGGACCCCAACCUCGUCAGUAACCUCGAGACCUUCUUCGAGCUCGACUACCCCAAGUACGAGAUUCUGCUCUGUGUGCAAGACCACGACGAUCCGGCCAUCGAUGUGUGUAAAAAGCUGCUGGGGAAAUACCCGAGUGUCGACGCCCGCUUGUUCAUAGGCGGUAAGAAGGUCGGCAUCAAUCCAAAAAUAAACAACCUCAUGCCGGGGUACGAGGGAGCAAAAUACGACCUGGUGUGGAUCUGCGACAGCGGCAUUCGAGUGAUGCCUGACACGCUGACGGACAUGGCCAGUCACAUGACAGAGAAGGUGGGUCUGGUUCACGGCCUCCCGUACGUCGCAGACCGUCAGGGAUUCGCUGCUACACUCGAGCAGGUGUAUUUUGGAACAUCACACCCUCGCUCCUACAUCUCUGCUAACGUGACGGGGAUAAAGUGUGUGACUGGAAUGUCCUGUCUGAUGAGGAAGGAUGUUCUGGACCAGGCUGGAGGUCUGAUUGCGUUCGCUCAGUACAUCGCUGAGGAUUACUUCAUGGCCAAAGCCAUCGCAGACAGAGGAUGGAAAUUUUCCAUGGCGACGCAGGUAGCCAUGCAGAACUCCGGGUCCUAUUCCAUCGCUCAGUUCCAGUCACGCAUGAUCAGAUGGGCGAAGCUGCGUAUCAACAUGCUGCCUGCCACCAUCAUUGAGCCCAUCUCUGAGUGCUUCGUGGCCAGUCUGAUCAUCGGCUGGUCGGCUCACCACAUGUUCCGCUGGGACAUCAUGGUGUUCUUCAUGUGCCACUGUCUCGCCUGGUUCAUCUGUGACUACAUCCAGCUCCGAGGAAUACAGGGCGGCCCGCCGUGCUUCUCUAAGUUGGACUACGCCGUGGCCUGGUUCAUCAGGGAGUCCAUGACCAUCCAGAUCUUUCUCUCGGCGCUCUGGGAUCCCACCAUCAGCUGGAGGACGGGACGCUACCGGCUACGCUGCGGCGGCACAGCUGAGGAAAUACUGGAUGUGUAAAAGGAAACAAAAAGGACAUUGAAGCAAACAGUGGACACAAUUGUGACAAAACAGGAAGAGUGGAAGAAAUGGGCGGAGUCAGAACAUGCAGAAAUAACUGCUCAAUCAUUUCAGAUUAUUGAUCUGUGAGAGUUUUAAGAAGUGAAGCAUUCUUUUUUUUUUUCUAUCUUUCGUUUUAGGUUUUUAAGAACCUCUGGGCCAUGCGUGUGAGUGCGUGCGUGCGUGUGUGUGAGUGCGUGUGUGUGAGUGCGUGCGUGUGUGUGAGUGUGAGUGCAUGUGAGUGUGUGUGUGCGUGCCCGUGUAAAAGCAUGUGAGUGUGUGUGCGUGCGUGUAAAUGCAUGUGAGUGCGUGCGUGAGUGCGUGUAAAUGCGUGUGAGUGCGUGCGUGUAAACGCGUGUGAGUGCGUGUGAGUGCAUUUGGUUGAUUAGUGUUUAUGUUCUUGGUGCUUUUGCUGGCUUCGUGAUUGGAGGCUUUGAGUCCCAAAAUCAGCCACCGAGUGACGUAGACGAGGAACACAGUGGACUUUUGUUUGGGGAAAGAAACAAAAUUCUUUUUCUAGAAUGAGUUUUAUUUACAUUUUUAUGUCCCGUGGUUGUGAACAGCGCCGUGUGCCCCGGGUCAUGGGGAGAAGUCCAUGACUACAUCAGUAGCAGUUCGGUACGAGACAGCAGUGAAAAGCUGCGAUCCACACAAUGCUGCGUGACGUCACCACGUGUUCUGAUGAAAUCACAAUCUGGACACAUUUCACGAUUAAUGUUCAAACCGAGUCCCUGAUUGUUUAACACUCACUGGUGGACUGGUUUCCAUAGUGACAAGUUCCACAGAAACAUCCCACAGACCUGAAGAGGUGUGGUGAUGAAGUGCUAGCUCGGAGAAUAAUCCCAGCAGGACACGAACAAUCCUGUGGAGUUUAGCGUUCGUCAGCGGCGCUUAUUUUCCUCCACAGACGUCUGUUAGGGUUUUUUUUGUGUUCGUCUUGUGUUUGUUUUUUUUUACGAUUUGAGUUGAAAGUUUUACACGUUCAGUCAUCAACACAACAGACCUGAGCGUGUUAAACGCAGUCAGUAUUAGUGUGAGAUCUCACUCGUCCAAUCAGAAAACAUUUCCUUACCUUUAGAGUUCAGACAGAUCCUUGUGCCACUAGGAUUAAAUAUUUAUUUAUUGAUUGAUUUUUUUUAUAAAAGAAUUUACUUUGAUCUCAAACAGCACGCUUUAAAGAUUUAAUACAGAUUGGAGUUUAAUUCAGAUUUGAAUGCAGCUCUCUUGCGUCACUUCCUGGUUGCCGAUUGGCUGAAAACAGGUUACACAUAAAACCGAACCUAAAAUGAACCACGUCUCUAUAAAGAGAGCGUAUUUUACAGAAAUAAAUCCGAUCCUAGUGGCACAGAGACCCUGCGAGUGUUUGUUGGACGUUUGCUUUUAUCUUUUCCUGAAUGUGCUGCCUGAGCCACUAGUGUGACUCCAGACUGGAGACGAACGGUGACACAGCUCCACUUUAACGUGACUAUUUUAUUUUAGCCUGAUGAUGAUGAUGAUGAUGAUGAUGAUGAUGAUGAUCUCAGACAGAUGGUUUCCCGCUGCAGACACACCGGUCACGACUCAUGAGGAGCUCUCGUGGCUCGGAUCGGUCAGAUCGGGUGUGUUCGGGAUGAAUGAAGUGACAAAUGUAAAAAGUUUAGCUCCGCCCCCUGACCACACCUGUAUAGUGAUUGGUGUGAUCAGAGUCUCGCCUUGGCCUUGCCGAUACGCUCACGACAUGACGCACACUCCUCCCCGUGUGUCAGACUCUCACGCUCUCCCCCUCCCCUCCCCUCUGUCAGUAUUCCCCUGACGGUUGAUGUUUAUCUCACGGAAGUGGGUUUGUUUUCUAGAUAUUCUAUUAAACUGUAUUGAAUCCUGUUGCAUUUCAGUAACCGUGGAAAUCAGUGACGCAUUUCAAGGUAAAUUAAAACAGACACACUUCCCGUGCGGUAAACUCGGCCCUGCUGACCUUCACACGCUUUGUCCAGCUCGCAGAAGGCUGCUGCAUGUUAAGCACUCAAACGCACCUCCAAAGAAACGGUCGUUUUUUUCUCCUUCGUCUGAAUAGCUCAGGCUCCCUGAAGCUCCGCCCCUUUCCCUCGUUUCUGCUCCGGACCUUUCUGUGCUGAUACGAUGCUCCGGCUUUCCGUCUCACUGACAGGAGAAUGUUGAGUUUGUUAAAGUCCAAACCGUCGUCACGCAUUUAGACUUAAACGUCAGACGUUCUUCAGGAACGAGCUCCAACAGAUCUACAAGUGAAACCUGAUUAAAAUGGUGCUCGGGUUCCUGAGAUGUUUCCUGAUGAACUCUCUAAGGAUAAAAAACUGAACAGAAUGAGAGUCGGUGAAAGAAGGAAAGGAGUGAUGAUGUCACACACGAGCAUCGUAACAACACUAAAAUUCUACUCGCUGUCGACUGGACUGUACAUCAGGGAUCUGCUCAUGUUUUACAGGACAGCAUCUCUCUCUCUCACACACACACACACACACACACACACACACACACACAUAUAUAUAUACACACUCCUUUUUAUUUUCUCAGAUGUGUGUAAAAGACUGUCCUGGCUCCGCCCCCAGAUCCUGGCCCCACCCCCUUGCACUGCUGCUGACAGUAUUAUACUGGAGACUUUAUUUUAGACUUUUAUUUAUUUUUUUUUUUUCUCACACUCUCACAUUUUGCUUAAAAUCUUAAACACUUUAUUUAUUUUCCAAAACCAAAUUCUCGUCUGUAUUUUCCUCCUGUGUUUAUCGCUGUGUUUCCUUUCUGCUCCUUCACAGGUAAAGAAGGAUUAACACACAACAGUCAGCAAUAAAAGUCUUAAAGUCUG